AACAGGGAUAACUACAUCCGCUCCUGCAAGCUGCUCCCGGACGGCCGCACGCUGAUCGUGGGGGGCGAGGCCAGCACGCUGACCAUCUGGGACCUGGCGUCGCCCACGCCCCGCAUCAAGGCCGAACUCACCUCCUCGGCCCCCGCCUGCUACGCCCUGGCCAUCAGCCCCGACGCCAAAGUCUGCUUCUCCUGCUGCAGCGACGGCAACAUCGCCGUGUGGGACCUGCACAACCAGACCCUCGUCAGGCAAUUCCAAGGCCACACAGAUGGUGCCAGCUGCAUAGACAUCUCCCACGAUGGUACGAAGUUGUGGACGGGGGGCCUGGACAACACGGUGCGUUCCUGGGACCUGCGGGAAGGGCGGCAGCUCCAGCAGCACGACUUCACCUCCCAGAUCUUCUCCCUGGGGUACUGCCCGACGGGCGAGUGGCUGGCAGUGGGCAUGGAGAGCAGCAAUGUGGAGGUGCUGCACCACACCAAGCCCGACAAGUACCAGCUGCACCUCCACGAGAGCUGUGUCCUCUCCCUCAAGUUCGCCUACUGUGGGAAAUGGUUUGUGAGCACUGGGAAAGACAACCUGCUCAACGCCUGGAGGACGCCCUACGGAGCGAGCAUCUUCCAGUCCAAGGAAUCCUCGUCCGUCUUAAGUUGUGACAUUUCAGCGGAUGACAAGUACAUCGUCACGGGCUCUGGUGACAAGAAGGCCACAGUCUACGAGGUCAUCUACUGAGCGUGGAGUUUCUGGGAGGGCUGGCAGCUCCCGGCCCCGCAGGACUCGGGAAGCAGCGGGGGAUGCCACGGGGUGGCCCAGGGACCGUGCCCGCUCCGAGGGGGCUCUGCCCGGCGUCCGCCACACACGGAUUUAUUUGGAGAUCUGCGACUCUGGCACACGUUGGAGCCCUUAAACGGAUGUUUCUUUGGUUUUUAGGGUCGUGGGGUUUCUUUUGAUUUU